CGAGCGCCGGAGUUUCUGGACCCGGCGGCGACGGAUGCACGACCGGCACGCGGGCCGGAGUCGAGCGGCAGACGCCACGAAGCACGCACGCCUUUCGACCACGACUCGCGCGUAUACGGCGCAGCUGCUGCCUGCCGCGGUACCGGUUAUAUACAAGCGGCGUGAGUUGCCGCUGCUGCGGCCGCCAGGCAGCUAACAGUCGCGUACACACAGUUGGCCUGUCGUCGGCAAACACGACGCAGGCCGCGAACUUCAAGAGCUGUCUUUCCGCUGCGCCGCAUCAUCGCUGACGGACAGGCAGCGGCUCCGAUCGGACAGCUGCUUCUGAUGACACCGGUUCAAGGCGCGGGAGCUGCGUGAACUGCCAGUCAUGAGGUGGCAAGACCUCGGGCGGAAGGAAUCGAGGUGGCUUCUGCUGGGUUCUUCCUGCCUUGCAGUGCAGCUGCUCUUCGGGGUGCAGCUGCCCACGGUCCAAGCAGUGGAGGCUGGCGGCAACACCGGAGGCCCUGGCGGCAGCAGCAGCGAGGUGUACCUGAGCAGCGUGGAGCGCGAGAGUGACUCACCCGCGACGAGCGAUGCGCCCGCGACGUCAGCCGAGACGCCAGGAGGUGACGACCCGCCGGUGCCCACUCCGCGGCUCGCCUUCCUCGACAAGAUGCUCGAGCAGUACGACAAGCGCGCGUGGCCCACCUACGGAAUGGGACAUCCAACGUACGUCAAGGUGAACAUAUACGUGAACAGCAUAGGCCCUGUCAACGCAAACAAUAUGGAGUAUGGCAUGGACAUCUACCUGCGCCAGUCAUGGCAGGACCUUCGGCUGAACGUGAGCAAGUACGGCGUGACCACGCCGGUGACCAUCAACGGCGAGGACAUCAUGGGCAAGAUCUGGAAGCCCGACCUGUUCUUCCGCAACGUGAAGGAGGCCAGCUUCCACUACGUCACAGUGCCCAACAAGCUGGUCAAGCUGGGGCCCGACGGAGAGGUGCUGUUCAGCAUGCGCCUCACGCUGCGGCUCGCCUGCUUCAUGUCCUUCAAGCACUUUCCCCUAGACACGCAGAGGUGCCACAUUCUGCUCGGACCCUAUGCCCAAACCAUAGAACAAACAGCCAUUUCGUGGCAAGACGCGGACCCCAUUGUGCUCGAACGCCCCAUCGAAAUUCCCGAGUUCGACCUUGUCCACAACUCGUACGGACAUUACAACCGGGCGAUCGACACAGGCGUGUUCAGCUUCCUCAACGCGACGUUCACCCUGGAGCGCCAGAACGGCUACCACUUGAUACAGACGUACCUGCCCACUUUCCUGAUCGUCAUGAUCUCCUGGGUCUCCUUCUGGCUCAACGUGGACGCCACGCCCGCGCGAGUCACCCUCGGAGUCACCACGCUGCUCACCAUGACCACCGUCGCGUCCGGUGUGCGCACACAGCUCCCGCCCGUGUCAUACAUUAAGGCCAUCGACGUCUGGAUAGGCGCCUGCUCUGUCAUGGUCUUCGGAGCCCUGCUAGAGUUCACACUUGUCAACUACCUCUCGCGAAGCAAACUACGCCCCGAGGAGUUUCGCAAGUCCAUCAACAUCUUCAACCGUCACAAGAACCGAACCUGGGACGUCGAAACACGUGACGAAGAGCAAUCAAGAUUGACAAAGCGUAACCGGAAAAGCGGUGAAAAGCAAGACGGCGAAGAAGGCGCCAACAAGUACGAGACCCGCGGGCACAUGGAACUUCAGAAGAACCUCAAGAGGUCACAGAACGUCGACAAAGUGUGUCGCAUCAUGUUUCCAUUCGUGUUCUUUGUCUUCAACCUCAUCUACUGGUUCUACUACCUCUACCAGAGCGAGUUCACUUGAGACUGAAUCGAGCGCCUCUUAUCCUGACCCACGUUGACUUCUUACCGGAGUUACAGGACUUUUCAAGAAGAUCAACGUGUUCUACGGGAAAGCAUGGUCUGUGCCGACCGCAAAAAAAAAAAAUGGAACAAAAGACACUUCGGUGUAUUCGCACUAUGGAAACUUUCUACGCUAGCCUUGUGCUGUAUGCCGAUCGCUGAGGUUAAAGACGUCGGCUCAUACGAUGUAUGUCAGACGGAAUUCGCAGACGUAUUUAAACAUUGCAAAUCAUAAACAGAAGUUUCGGUUGUUUAUGGGAAUUACGGUGCGGUGUAUGUGUGCUAGCCAACCUCGAUAACUUUGCAGAGUUCCCAUCUCCAGUAAUUCGUGAGGCGUAAUUUUUGUUGCACGCCCACUGCUUGAGAGACGCAACUCGAAAUUAAGACACAAAACAGGACAUCUGUGUGCUUCCGUAUACGAAGCAAAGGUGUCUACUAUAUGUGUUUUCCCCGCACCGCACUGUCUCUCCUAAGCAGCGCGUACGAAACACCGAUUACGUUGAAAGCUUGUGUGUUUUUUUUUUUUUUUUUUUUUUACUUUCUGAAGCAGCUGCUGGCUAGAAAAGGCUCAAUUUCAUUUAUUGAAUGCACCCUUGUGGACACUGUUCAUGUUUAUCUGUCUAACAUUGUGCAGACGUAUUUACACUUCUGUUUAGUUAGUUAAGCCUUGUAAUGGCGGGAGUGAACUCGCAACAGCUACAGCAUUUGUUUGUUAAUCUUGUUGGCUUGCAAGCGUGUGACCGUGAAAAGCCCUACGAGUGGUGCUCUAGCAUAUCGUGUAUUGACAAAUCUUUUUGAAUUAUUAAUAGCUGUUCUGAUUUACUGACAGAUAAGCGGAGCUGGCGAUGCCCCUUGGGGAUUUUUUUUUUUUUGCUGUUUUGUCCUGUUUGCUGAAACAAAACCUGUGCAAAGUGUAUUACAUUUACUAAGCAGAUUUACACUUCGCAGUUGUAUCAUAAAUCCAGGCGAUCGAGAGAAUGAAUGUCACAACCGCGGUAUUUUGGAACAACCACAUUGAGCCGCCAAGGAAUUGCUAUUGCUAGCAAUUUUUUCUUAAGUGCUUAAUUCGUCAUUCGGAUAUGUGUGUGAGAGAGAAACAACUCUGACGCGACAAUGGUUGUCUGUGCUACUUGACUAACCUUACCGAAGCGUGUUUAGUCCAUUUCAUGCUUGUGCAUUUAAAGCGCCGAAAAUUACAUGCACGUGAGUUAAAGAUGCCCUCAAACACUUUAUUCUCAUUUCUUUAUUUCAGUCCUUCGUCAGCUCUAAGUGACUUCUUGGCUGAAGGAUGCUUUCUUUACUGUACCGAAAGUUGAAAGACUUGAGAAAGAGAGAGAAAGGGAAAGAAAGACAAGGAGGUUAGCCAGUGUAAAUACCGGAUGGCUACCCUGUACUGGGGGUGCCUUGAGGGUGUUCUCUGAAGGGCAUAGUACAGCGUGUUCUAGACACCAUCACCGAAAGAGGACAAAUUCGCAGGAAAAGUUGUGCGGAAUAAUUUUUCCAUAAGAAUGGACCGCAUCACACAUAUGAAGUGCUAAUAAUUAAUUAUAAGCAGCGACUCGUUUGUCCUUCAGUCACAAGAUGCAAUGCCACAGAAAUCCAGAGUGUUUUUCAGACUAAUUGGUCACUAUAGCGUAGCUGUAGCGGGGUGCGUCAGCUUAUGCAACUAUGCCUCAAGUGCACAGAACACAAACAGCGGCGCACAACCAUAAAGUAAUUCAACAGUGGCAUCGCGGUCUCACGAUUUAAAGUGUAAACAUUUUCACUUAUGCGAGGAGUUAUUUGCUUCUACUUCUGUAUUGGUCCAGUCAAGAAUGAUUUAAGGGGAUAUAUGGCACAAAAUAGAAUGAAUUUCUCCGCAACGGUUCGCGUGUAGUCGCUAUGAGAUUCCAAACUCGUAACCGUAGCACCUGCGUUUAACACCAUAGUUGCCGUCGCACCACUCACUAAGUCCCCUAAUGGCUUUGUGACGUGUGGGGUCACGAUCCAAAUUUGCGCGGGGCCAAGCUCAGAACCUAUCCUUUUGCUUUUUUUUUAAGCAGUUACCAUCAAGACGUCGAGAAUUUACGGUAUCGCGCGUGAUGCGUUGGUAUGUGUCCUGCAUCACUACAGAUAUAUAUGAAGGUUGGGUGAGCUCGGAGGCAAUAAAAAGUGUCAACUAAAGGCGUCUGAGCCUCUGAGGGCCUUUGUAGGUAGCGAACAUGCUCGAAGUUGUGUACGACUUCGUGUUGUAGGCAGUAGCGAAGGUGGAUGACCAAACCACGGGGCACCUGGUGGGACCAAACUUGCCUGUAUGCCUGGGCGCCGAGAACCACGAUGAAAUUUUUACGAACGCGGUGUGCAUUUGCUACAUCCUUCCGACGCAUUGUUGUUUCUCCAAUUAAGCGGUAUGUCGUGUUGUCUAGUCAAAUGAGCGUGUACGUUGGAAUGCUAUACACGUUAUUUUUCAUGUCUAUUGCUGGAUUUCCGUAAACAGCAGUGCGAGUUCCCCGUGAAGCCAAGCAGGUCAUCUGACUGCACUCUCGAUUCCUUGUUAAGAAAGGGUACCGGCAGGUCGGUCGCGCUGCUAUCCGCGCCUGGUGAACGAUAGUUGUUUUGUGCCCCUAGUCAUCGUCUAGCCUGUGUAUGUUCAUCAAAUGCUUGAAGCUUAGUCAGGAGGGACCUGCGUUAUAUUGAAACAGCCGAUUUCUUAAUUAUGUGCAUCUCUGCAGUAAGAAUCUUGUGCGUUAUCACGAGUGUGGCAUUAUGACAGUAAGUGGUUUUGUACAUCUCACCAUGCCACAAACCAAAAAGAAAGGAUGGGUUCUGUCGUUUAAACAGAGCUGUAAAUUAGAAACGGGCACGAUUAAUGGGAAUACCAGAUAGCCUGUUGAUGGGCCCCUGUUCGCAAUUGGUCUUACAUGGACUCCUCGAUUUUCGAGAGAGAAGUUCAGCAUCAGAUUCAAAUGUCGAUCCGCUGAGCCAAUAGUCGUACUGGCGUAGAAGAGUAAUUGUUUUUAGCCCCUUUAAGAAAUCAAGAGCUUAGUAGGAGCAAAGCGUGUGCAAAACAUGAUCGCGUGUGGCAGAAUGCAUCGUUGUGAUACAUUAAUGCGUGGUUAUUGUCGAGUUGUACAUGCACUCACGAGUGGUGGCAUGGUUUGAAUUUUGUUGUACUAAGCCUUGCCAAGAGAUAUAAACAGCUCUGAAACUAAGUAGCACUUAAAUAUGAACGCUGUUAAGACCUUGUUUUCAGACAGCGCUUAAUGUGUAUGUAGAGUCAAAUACUAUUGCGAUGUUGCAGUCAUAACCAGCAAGCUUCCUAUAAUUAAGAUAGCCUAUUUGAACCGUACCAAGAGCGCUUACUUUCGACUACUUCAGUGAAAGUAAAAACUUAUACUUUGGUCGAAGAAACGUUGGAACAAUGCUGGUCAUAAAUCUUCAUGAAGUAAUUCCCUGCAGGAAGCCCUCGAGCUCGCAGCACAGACGAUAUUUGUUCAUGUAGUUAUGAGCCAUCAUUGAGCUAACCUGUGUCCGGUCCUUCUGUCAUAAAACGGAGCUUCUUUCACAUUUUGAACUGUGAAUGUACACUUCAUAACUUCUUAUCUCGCCCUUAUACGCACAUAGCCGGUCUCUCGUAGUAAGGAGACUCAGGCGGGACAUCCAUGUUUCGUCGACGGUAUUCCCAUGUACUAGGCUCAAAUGUGAACAAGGUUGUGCGACGUGACCGAUGCGAUCUCAACACUCUCUGUAGCCGCAGUUGUAUCAUGAGAAUUCCAUAUAUAGAUGGUCUAUAUAUAGCUUAUAUAUAAUUCGCCUUUUCGAACUGAAUAAUUAAAUAGAAUAAUCGAUAACCAGGAAUGUAAAACAACUCUGCUAGUUAAACAACUUACAAGGAACGAUCAAUAUUGAUGAAGAGAAACUCGACUCCCACAUUUCAGAUGUAUUAAAGCGCGUAGUUGCGCUUUAAUCCGACAGCACGGCUCUGAUGUUGCGAAAGGUUCGAAAAUUGGUGAAUUCAUGGAAGUGUACCACAAACGUAUUUAAUUUCGUUGGCCACACUUUCCUAUGCACGUACGUCGUCAGGACACGCCGCUUGUUUACGUAGGUAUUAGGGAGCUUAGAUUAGGGGGACGCAAGCGUUGGGGCCUCCUAGCACUUGGGGCCACGGAACUGCGCAUGCGCAGACACCUACUGCGCAUUCGUAGUACCAUGGCCCCACGCGUUAGGCGGCCCCAACGCUUGCGUCCCCCUAAUAUAAAACUCUCUAUUAUCUUCAUGAGUAAGCGUGGGCCAUUUUCGCAGCCUGCACACUCUGCCAAUAGUCGCUAGCAUUCUCCGGACAAGACGCUACGCCUCAGUGGUAACAGACCACCCAGAAGUUAACAAGUGACCUCUUUGAACGACCAAAAGUAAAACACGAUCGCAUGCGGAUAUAGAUGUCUACAUGGCGUUAACAGCACAUGGCGGUUCAAUAACGAGCGGCGACAGUUCACAAGUUUCGAUUGCGCAUUUCUAACAGUCGCCUUCUUUCUACAUAGCACUCAUCUUAAGUCCCCCCUUGAAAGUUUUGAAAUAUUCCAAGACCUGAGCCCGAAAUACUUAAUUCCAGCGAUAAAUUGGCCAAUGAAGAAUUUGUGAGCAGUUUAAAUGAGCUCACGACGGUGCAUUCUUCUUAAGCUCAUCAUGUACCAGUAUUUGUAAUGUUCUAUAGUAGUCAUUAUUGGUGCAUAUGGUGACGACGGAACAUUUACCAAGUUUAACCGUCCAGAAGAAAUGAUUUCUAUCACCUGAGCGAGAUUGGUUCCGUAUGAAUCUUAAAAAUACUGCUCUGAAGUUUGCUGUGGCCGUAACGUAAAUAAUUUUAAAAAUGUCGCUGCCGUGCUAGAGACCAUAGAUUGAACAGUUAGAAAGCUCAGGAGUAUUGCUUCUUGGUCAGUUUUGCCCUUUGAUAUGGGUAAGACGUAAAAGCAUCUACAACGUUCAAGAGCUUAGUCGCGUGAUUGCCCUAUUUACACUAUGAUGUACCGCAUAGACUUGGAAGUGUAUGGCAAUAUGUGUGUCCAGAAAGUCAUCAGUGACUCGAAAAAGAAGAGCCAACAGCAAAGAUGAUGCUGGUAUUGCACACCAACGCUCAUGUGUAUUGCUUGUUUCUUCAGGCGGUGAAAAUAUAAACAAUCCGGGAAUGUUUAUUUAUGCACAUUAUACCCUUUUUAAAAGUGUUCUAUAUAACCCUCCCGAUGUGAUAAAGACGCUUUGUGAUUGCGAAAUAUGGUCGGACGGUCGGAAUAUGUCCUUAAGGAACACCUAUAAAGUGAAAAUGGGAGGAGUUUCUAAAGCACUCACAAGACUAAUUUUCUAUAAACAGCGGUCUGCACAAAGUUAGCUCAAGAAUGACACUGAGAGACGGGCGAGGCAGAGAUGUAAGUAAUCAGAAUCAGGGCUACGUAGCAGAUAUGAUAACCACGAUAGCUAGGCCUCCCAUUGCGUUGUGUUGGUUGGGUCACUCACACGUUCAAGCGCACUGCAAAUCGCCCGCAUCGUGCUCAUAUUCACACUUCCACCAGUCACCGUUUCUGUGCCCCCGUUAAUGUGCCAUUGCUCACAAUAAGUGUCGUUUUCGAUAUUUCGGUGUUGACGUUUUUAAUAAAAAUUGUUUUCCCA